GUUUUCUUAAUCUUUUUUCUUAUCUUAAUUCUUAAACCCCUCCUGAUAUUUUAAAAUAUAAACGAUCAUACAAAACCCUACUAAGACAGAUGCUACAUUGCAGUUAACCAUGGCCGCCACAGCUAGAUUCCUUCGGCUGAAUAGAGCCCACUUCCAGUCCCUCCAUCUCCUCCGCCCCUCAAUUGCAACCGGAACCGCCCGAAACAAGCUGAUCGAUGUCUCCGCCGGUUCUCCAUUGCCUAGCACCAACUCUGUAGCUUCUGGACCUCUGUUGUGCGCCGACCUCCAACCUGCCGGAAAAAUCCAUCAUCGAAUCGAGCUCCGCGAUUCGCUCUUCCGCAAUAAAUAUGAUAAUCCCGACUUUGGUCAAUAUGGCCCAUAUACCUCGGACGAUGAGCUCGGUUAUGAUAGUUCAAUUGAUGAUGGUCUUUACAGCGAUUCAAGUGAUGACGAUGACGACUACGACCGCGACUUUAAAAGUGGUCGAGAUGACCAAGAUACCCAAGGAAAAGGUAAAAGGACAACAAGAAAGAAGGGAGGAAAAGCAUAGCAGCCAAUGGGAAGUUAAGUGCCCGAGGUUAGAAAUGUCUUUCACUUGUUUAAACUCUAGAUAGUCAACCAAUUUGCUCAGUCUUGAGGUUUUUAACUUUUUUUAUAGUGAAUGAUGCUUAAACAUGUUGCUACAUUGCUACUAAUGCAUCAUUUGGGUUUGGGUUUGUUAAUUCUUCAACUGUAUUUGCAUUAUGGAGAUACUCUGUAGUCUGUAAUGACUUCAACAAAUUCGUUUAUAUUCCGGUUUUGUGUUUGAAUUCUUCAAAAUGUUGCUGAUA